AUGUCUGGCCUGGUCUUGAGCUGGGGGGUUUACGACUCAUGCCCGGAUGACAACUACUUAUUGAAACACUGCACCAUUCAUCAGACGCCAGCUCAGAGAGGAGUCGAGUGGAAACAGGAGCCCCACGCGGACGCACAAAGACGCGUCUGUGCCUCUGUGCGCACUGGCGAUGUUGGGAAGACGCUCCCGGGCCAGGUGAGGUGCAGCGAUGUUCCAGCAUAG